GUUGCCUACGCGCGGCAAAGGCAAGAGAAGAUGGCGGACGGGAAGGGAGAGUCCCGAGCGGGGCUGGCCAACGGGGGCAUGCCGCCGCCUCCUUCCUCUCCUCCGCGAUCCCUCCGUUUCGUAGAAAACCUGCGGACGCUGGAGAACCGACUGAAAGAGGACGACGUAUCUGUGCUCUCCUCCGCCAUGUAUUGCGGGAGCUUUUGCGAGGUUUUACUGCGGCACACUGAAGAAGAUUUAGUACCUGAAAACCUCAUGCUUUGUACAGAGGUGUAUGGAACUGCCCUGAGAAGCUUUGCUAGCGCACGACCAUAUCUCACCACUGAAUGUGAAGAUGUCUUACUUCUUCUUGGAAGGCUUGUACUGAGUUGCUUUGAAGUGAUGCUUUCAAUGACAGAAGAUGAUUUUUCAAGUGAGCGCUGUGUAAGAUUAAAACAGUCUGUGAUGGAGUCCCAUGACGUCUUGGUUGAGUUUGGAAACCAUAAUUUGCAGUUGUUAGUUGAUGUUGUUAAGAAUGGUGGAGCAUGGAAAAACCCUGUGCUUGUUAAAAUACUGUCUCAGCAGUUGGUACAACCAGAAGAAGUUCAGAAAUGGAUUUCACAAGAGGGGUCCUGUUUUCUACAGAUGCGUGUUAAACAUUUGAUGAAGGCAAACUGUGUACCGCAAGCAAUGAUGUUGUCAAAGCUGUGUGCCGAGUCUACAGGCGUUUCAAAUGAUUUCUUUUUCCGCCAGUCAUUUGUUACGUGUUUGUGUACAAUGUUGCCCAAUGAAGAUGCUUUUAAAGAGAUUUCAAAAAUGGAUGGGAAGGAUGUUUUGGAUACCAUAUGUAAUUUGGAAUCUGAAGGGCAAGACAACACAGCAUUUAUUCUAUGUACGACAUAUCUCACCCAGCAACUCCAAAACGAAAUAACAUCUUGUUCUUGGGAGCUGACUCUGUUUUGGAGCAAGCUGCAACGCAGAAUUGAUCCAUCAUUGAAUACCUUUCUGGAAAGAUGUAGGCAAUUUGGCUUAAUUGCUAAAACACUUCAGCAUCUUUUCUUCCUUAUUAAAGUUGUGCAUACAGAAGCUGGAGAUGCUGGUGUUCCAGUUUCAGUUAUGUUAUGCAUACGAGCACUUCAGAUCCAGCCAAAUGAAACAGAUGCAACAAAGAUUUCUGUCUGCAAAACAGUGGCAUGCCUCUUACCUCAAGACUUGGAGGUGAGAAGAGCCUGCCAACUCACAGAAUUUUUAUUUGAACCAACCUUGGAAGGACUGCAAAGAUUGGAGGAGCUUUUCCAGCAACCUGAUCAAAAGAAUGAAGAAGAAUCCAGUGUUAUUUCAAAUUCCCUUCGCUGUGAGCUUUUGCUAGCUUUUAAAAGCCACUGGGUGUUUGAUCCAGAAUUCUGGGACUGGAAAACCUUAAAACGGCAUUGUUUUAAGCUUUUAGGGAAAGAUCUUUCAGAAACCGAAGAAGAGGAGACCCAUGAAGAACCUUCUAUUAAUCAACCUGAUGUUUUAUCUGCCUCUUUGGGGAACCAUGAUGACAAUGCUGAGCAAAUACAGGCAUCCUCUGAAUGUGUUACCGGUGAAACUGAGAAUGUUAAAGUAAGAAAGCCUGUUGGGUCUUCUGAAAGAUAUAAGCGAUGGCUUCAGUAUAAAUUUUUCUGCAUUAUUUGCAAACGAGAAGUAAUUGAAGCAAGAAUUUUGCAUCAUGCUAAAAUGCAUCUAGCUGAUGGAAUAUACACCUGUCCUGUUUGUAUAAAAAAAUUUAGGAAGAAAGAAAUCUUUGUCCCUCAUGUCAUGGAGCACAUGAAAAUGCCCAUGAGACACCGGCCCAGAAAGAAGAAUGAAAUUCUUGAUUUCAGACCAGACCUAAGAGUUGCUAAAGACGAAUUGGAUAAUGAAAAGGCUUACAUCUCAUUUAGAUCUUUGCAAGACAAAAAUCUACAAGACAGAGAUGUUUAUCCAUGUCCUGGCACUGGCUGCACCAGAGUAUUUAAACAGUUUAAAUAUUUAAGUAUCCACCUGAAGGCAGAACACCAAAACAAUGAUGAAAAUGCAAAGCACUAUCUAGAUAUGAAAAACAUGAGGGAAAAAUGUGCAUUUUGUCGGCGACAUUUUAUAAGUAGCUUCCAUCUAAAACAGCACAUGAGAGUCCAUUUUGGGCCUCUACCUUUUAUGUGUGUAUCGAUUGACUGCAACUCCAAGUUCAAAAGUAUUAAUGAACUACUUAUCCACAAACAAACACAUCUUGAGCUGCAGUACAAGUGUGAACUGAAAGGAUGCAAUUUGGUUUUUAGUGAUUUGGGACUUCUGUAUCAUCACGAAGCUCAGCAUUUCAGAGAUGCUUCAUACGUAUGCAGUUUUCCUGGUUGCAAAAAGUUUUUUUACUGCAUCCCAGAUCUGGAUGAACACAUUGCCGCACACAGAAUACAGUCAAAAGAAAGCCAAGACGGCAAGCCACUUGUAUUUCAAGACCUCAAAGUUGAAAAUGAAAGUCAGCUGUCAUGUUAUCCCUGUGAUCCACAGCCGUCUAUAAGUAUGAAGACUGUUUGUGUUAACAGCCCCACUCUUUCAAAUGCAAGCCUGAUGGCUGAUAAGAUGCAAUCUGUACCUGGAGAUUCCAACGGCCAACAAUUGGAUUUCAAUACUGAAGCUCAAAACGAUAGUGAACAGUUGCCUCACUCAGAAGCUUGUUUACAUCAUGGAACUUGUAAAAAUACAGACACGGGGCAAGUCCAUUUUCAUGGGGCUUGCUUACCUCCGUGCAAGGAUGGAGAUGGUACCAACUGUAUAAGUUUGGAAUCCUCUAGAGGGUCUGCUUUUGUUUCAGGUUCAGACAAAACAUGUAGUGUACAGGAUAACCCUUCUAGUGGCUGUCAGAGGCCCUCUUGCUUAGAGGACACUUUAAAUGAACUUCUAACAAGCUUGAAACAUUUGAACCUGAGAAACUCUAACACCUGUAUAGCAUACCCUGAACCACAAGGUCAGGAAGCUGGAGGCAGCUCUUCAGACAGCGUUGCACUUAAUAAAAUUCCACCCUCGCAGAAAGAAAAGGUAUUAAGUCAGUAUCUGGCUCGGUUGGCAUAUAAACCUUAUUUUUGUGAGCUUAAAGGUUGUAAGUACGCUUUUGUUACCAGAGACGCUCUUCUAUUACAUUAUGUAAAAAAACACCAUUACACAAAGGAAAAGGCCCUCAAACUGCACAUGUUUCAGAAUACAUUUUCUCCAUUUGAGUGCCACAUCUGCCAAAGAACGUUCACAAGGAGAACUCACCUUCGCAUUCAUUACAGAAAUAAGCAUCACAUAACUAAAGAGAGAGUACACUGCAGGCCAGCACGUGGAAAACUUGACAGCAUGAUACAGUCAUGCGUUAUGCCUGCAAGAUACACAAACUGCUUGAAGAAUUUUGAGUCUGAUGAACAAAGUAGAGGGGACCAUGUGCAGACGUCUCCUGUUCCGGACGACUUUCAUUCUGAAAUAUAUGCAGAUUCGCUGUCUGAUGAAACGGAUACUGGUCAAGCUGUUGGUGAAUCUGAAAGUCAAGAUGAUGACUAUGAAGCUAAAAAGGGCAGAGGAAGCAGACGUGUAGUAGCCCAAGGAAAAUUGUGUUACAUACUUGAUAAGUAUCACAAACCGUUUCACUGCAUCCAUAAAAAUUGUAACUCUUCGUUUAUAAGCCAAAGGGGCUUAGUUCGCCAUUAUAGACUAGUACAUCAGUAUAGCAAAGAGUCAUUGUGUUUAGAAGAAGUUAAAGAGAAGACAAAGAGAGAAAAUGGUAAAUGUAGGAGAAUAUUUACCUGUAAAUAUCAAGAAUGUGGUAAGAGCUUUAUUUGUGCAAGAGCACUUUCCAAGCAUUACAAAGAGUUUCAUGAUCACGGUGAAAAUGACGACAGAGAACUGGAAGUUUUCUUUAGCGAAAAUGGCUCAAAACCACAGACAGAUGAUGAAAAACUUAGUGAGGAGACAGAAAGCGACGAGUCAGAAAUCUCUUGUGAUGUAGAAGGCUGUGGUGCUGUAUUCACAAAUCAAUUAAGCUAUUCUAAACACAUUUUGUCCCGUCACCGGAAAUAUAAGCUUUUUGAUGGCAGAAGAAAGAGGGGGCGGCCUGUGACUCUGCGAACUGUCCAAAAUAAUUACGGUGAGCCAAAACCUAACAAUCCUGUUUACCGCAGAAAGCGAAUGCGAGUGAAAAAUAAAGCAAUAAAAGAGAUUAUAGCGUUCAAAUCGAAAGAGGACGCAUUACAAAUGUGUGUUCGGAAUGUACGUAUAACGCAGUAUCCUUGCAUGGUUCAUGGCUGCGCAUCAGUAGUAAAAUUAGAAAGUAGUAUUGUUCGUCAUUACAAGCUAACGCAUCACCUUAGCCCUGGCUAUGUUGCCGAGCAUACAGAAGAGCUAGUUUAUUGUGUUAAGAACUUUACUGGUUGUGACCGAGAACAAUCUAGUUCAGAAGUACAGAGUCCCAAAAAGCGUGAUAGUUCUCCAGAAAGCAAAGUACCCAAACUGAGUUUGCAUGGUGAUAUCCAUAAUACAGAUCAAAAGGAUGAUUUGGAGAGAAGCCCAAGAAAAGGGCUUAAUACAAUGGAUAAAGACUCGCUAUAUUGCAGUAGCUCACAGAGACAGAAUACAAUUUCACAAAGUUGUUUAAGAAAAUCUCCUGUCUAUAAAAAUGAAAGCAGCUUUUCCAAAACCAGUGAAAAAGAAAACAUGUCUUUCACAAAUUUUCAGGCAGCUUAUAAAAAAGACAAAAAGCAGGUAAAAUAUCCAAAACAUCCACUGGAUUCUAAGAGAGAAAAAGAGGAGACGCAGAUGGCAUUGGAUUUAAAGACCUUCAAACCUAUGGGAUUUGAGUCUUCCUUCUUAAAGUUUCUGCAGGAAAGUAGGGAAACUGAUGAUGAGUGUGAGGAACCCUUGGAACAGUGCAAUCAGCACAACUCCUUCAGAAAUAAAGUGCUGCCAUGUAAAGGUAGAAAGUCUAGUCAGACAUGUUUAUCCCAAAACAGACGGGUAGAACAUCGUAGCCUUGAGGGAUUCCAGCCCUUGCUUUCUACUAGUGCUCAGUCUGCAGCAUCCCCACCUACACUACAGAAUCUAAGAGCAAUAUUGGACAAAGCAUUAACAGACUGUGGGGACCUUGCUUUAAAACAGCUCCAUUAUCAGAGGCCUGUAGUGGUUCUGGAACGAUCAAAAUUCACUGCCCCACUCAUAAACUUAUUUUCAAACAAAAAAACAGAUGAAUUGUGUAUUGGUAUUUCAUAAGCAACCCCACCCACCCAAAAUUGUGCCAGUAUUAAUUUAGGGUUCCUAUUUGCGUUACUUAGAUAACUUGGAAAUAACAAGACUUUUGCACCAUUUAGAAUCUGCAAUUAGGUGUAACAUUUCAUGAAUGUAUUUUAUGUGUUCCCAGUCUCUUUGAUUUAUCUUCCCAGCUGAGAGAAAAAAAUAUUUUUGGUGCUAGGACAUCAAUGUAAUGGGGCUUCCUUUGUUGAUAAAUGUGCAUGAUUGUCCUGGGGUUUGGGAUACGUUUUUCAUACUUGAAUAAAUGUGCACUUACGAGUGCCCUUUGUAAUAUAAUGUACACUACAACCUCUUAUAUUUUUUGAGUUUUGUUUCAAUAAAUUACAAACUUUCACCUGUU